CGUUAAAGCCCUGGUAUAAAAGCCAGGCCGACAGGCUAACUGCUCGCAAUCCAAGCUGCGCCUUCGCACGCACCACAACUUCGUCAGCCAGGCCACCGAAGACCUCCGGAAGAGAACACAUCCUCCAAGAUGAAAGCCUCGCUAGCCAUCGUGUUUUGCGUGAUCGCCGGUCUGGCGGCCGCCGCUCCCGAAAAGCAGUACACCAGCAAGUUCGACAACGUCAACGUGGACGACGUUCUGACCAACAACCGGGUGCUGAACAACUACCUCAAGUGCCUCAUGGAGAAAGGUCCGUGCACGCCCGAGGGCCGCGAGCUGAAGCGCCUGCUGCCCGACGCCCUGCAGUCCGACUGCUCCAAGUGCACCGAAGUCCAGCGCCGCAACUCGCAGAAGGUGAUCAACUUCCUGCGCGCCAACAAGGCCGGCGAGUGGAAGCUGCUCCUGGACAAGUACGACCCCAAGGGCAUCUACAGGGCAAAGCACGAGGGCCACUAGGCUCUCCGCACAUCCACAGCACAGCUACAUGCACUCAUUCCACAUGAACCUAAUUUAAAUCAGAGAUCCACAGUAAAGAUUUUAGUUUUUUAUACCUAAA